UUUUGCAAGGACACCGCGGAGGGGGCAUAUCCGCGCUCCCACUUCCUCCCGACGCAGCCUGUGAUUGGCUCGCAGCCUGAGGAGGAACACGUGAAACAGCAGCUGCGGCUGGCAGAAACUUGCUGGUCGUCUCCCGGUAGCAUCGCAGCGUACGGCUGUCAGCUCCAGACAGCCCGGCCUGGGGACAAUGAGGUCGUCAUGCGUCCUACUGGCCGCGCUGCUGGCGCUGGCCGCCUACUACGUGUACAUCCCACUGCCCAGCACGGUGUCCGACCCCUGGAAACUGAUGCUGCUGGACGCCACUUUCCGCGGCGCGCAGCAAGUGAGUAACCUGAUACAUUCCCUGGGACUGAGCCACCAUCUGAUCACACUGAAUUUCUUCAUCAUCUCUUUUGGCAAGAGAAGCGCAAGGUCUUCUCCGAAAGUGAAGGUGACGGACACCGACUUCGAUGGGGUAGAAGUCCGAGUAUUUGAAGGAGCUCCAAAACCGGAUGAGCCGCUGCGACGCAGCGUGGUCUAUAUCCACGGAGGAGGCUGGGCCUUGGCUAGUGCAAAAAUCAGCUACUAUGACCAGCUGUGCACAGCGAUGGCCGAGGAGCUGAACGCCGUCGUCGUUUCUGUUGAAUACAGGCUAGUCCCACAGGUUUAUUUUCCUGAGCAAAUUUAUGAUGUCAUCCGUGCCACGAAAUACUUCCUGCAGCCAGAAGUCUUAGACAGGUACAAGGUUGACCCUGGAAGAGUGGGCAUUUCUGGAGACAGUGCUGGUGGGAAUCUGGCUGCCGUCCUUGGACAGCAGUUUACCCACGUUGCGAGCCUGAAGAAUAAGCUCAAACUACAGGCUCUGAUCUACCCGGUCUUGCAGGCUUUGGACUUCAACACACCCUCUUACCAGCAGAGCGUGAACGUCCCCAUCCUGCCGCGGCACGUCAUGGUUAGGUAUUGGAUACACUACCUCAAGGGCAACUACGACUUUGUAGAGGCAAUGAUUGUGAACAAUCACACUUCACUUGAUGUAGAAAGGGCUGCAGCCCUCAGGGCCCGUCUCGACUGGACAUCCCUGUUGCCCACAUCCAUCAAAAAGAACUACAAGCCUGUCAUGCAGACCACUGGUGACGCCAGGAUCGUCAAGGACCUCCCUCAGCUGCUGGAUGCUGCUGCUUCUCCGCUCAUCGCAGAGCAGGAAGUGCUUCAGGCCCUCCCAAAGACCUACAUCCUCACGUGCGAGCAUGACGUCCUGCGGGAUGAUGGGAUCAUGUACGCCAAGCGCUUGGAGAGUGCGGGUGUGAACGUGACCUUGGAUCACUUUGAGGAUGGCUUCCAUGGCUGUAUGAUUUUCACAAGCUGGCCGACCAACUUCUCCGUGGGAAUCCGGACUAGGAAUAGUUACAUCAAAUGGCUGGAUCAAAACCUGUGAUGGAGGGAACUCCUCAGACGCACGCAGUCCUUGACCUCUGCUUUGGGAAAACCCGUGCUUUUCAGUCAUCACCUUGUCCUCGUUUUGUGUUAGUACUGAAAUCUGUACCCUACAGACCUUAUAAUAAGUUACAAAGUGACUCUGACGAACUUGGUUAAAGACAUCUGAACUUGGUUUCCCAAAUGAAUCGUUUUUUUUGCUGUUCUUUUUUGAAGCCCAAGUGCUAGGUAGGAGUGGCCACAGUUUGAGGAGCUAGAAACAGCCUUAGAUCCUGCCUCUGUUGUGUUCUUUCCAGAAGUAGUUUUUGCAGCUCUAGGUAAGGUAGUAAAUUCUGAGGAACAAAAACAACAACGACAACAACCCAACCGUGAGCUUUUCUUCAGUUUGCUCAGGUUGACGUGGGCUGCAGAGCAGAGUCUAGUGGACACUCCAAGGGUGGCCCCUGGUACUGCAUAACCUCUGCCUCCCAGGAUGGUUGUGUUUCCUGUGGGAAUUUUGACGGGAUUUCUGGCAAGACAGAUUCCUUCUCAAAAGCUUCCUCAGGAGUAUUAAUUUUCUGAGCUGGAUGCUGUAAAUUCAGUGAGGCUAAAGGCAUACUUAAAAGUUACCUGCUAUUAAGAAAACAUGAGGCUACAUGUACUGGCUAUUUCCUUGGGAAAAUGUUCUGGGAACAAACUUAUUUAACUGUAGAGUAAGUUUCCUAUUAUGAAAUAAGUAAAGAUAGAAAAAUAACAGCCUGUUGUUACUUAAGAAUGCUGCUGGCAUAAGUUACUUAAAGUGGUGUGUAUAUAUUUGGGGUAGUAAGGAAAUAUGUUUAAUAAUAGCUUAAAAUGAUGAGAAAUGCCUGCAGAAAGCUUUGCCCAUUUUUGGCAGAAGGCCUAGUACAUUGAAACCUCAACUUUUCACUCGUAGCUAAAAAUGGGACUAUUUUGCUAUAGCAGUUGUUUAUUUUUUAAGUUAUUUAAUGUUAAUAUAUAGAGCUAAACAGGGUUUUUCUGUAAAAACAUUAGAAAAAAUUUAAGAUAAAAGGUAUUUUAAAAAGAAGACUACCAUAAAGUUAUAUCCACAUGUAAUUUUGUGAGAAGAUACAUAAUAAUAGCAGUACCACAUGUAAGUAAGGAUCAAAUACUUUGAUAUUUAUCUGCAUAUGCAAAUUAAAAUAAUUAGAAACUUUUUACCUAGUAAGUCAUGUUGUACUAGGUACAUGAUGCUGGUUGGUCAUCCUUAACCCAAAUCUGACCUAUUCCAAAAUCCAGAAUUUUGAGUCAGGUCUUAUGAUACAAAUGGAAAAUUCCAGUGAACGUUUAAUUUGUAUAUAAAAUUGUUAAGUAUAUUGUGUUGAAGCUACCCUCAGGCCAUGUAGAUCAGAUGUAUACAAAGCACAAAUGAAUGUCUCAAUUAGAUUUGGGUUCCAUUCGCAAGAUAAUUUAUUAUGUAUAUUCAAAUAUUCUAAUGUCUAGAAAAAUUAAAAUCCUGAUAAUCUGGUUCCCAGCUCUUCAGAUGAGGGAUAGUGAACCUGUAGUUUAAACAGCUUAGGUAAGACUCAUCUACACAUCGCUGCCCACGAUGGCCAGGGGAACCCUCAGGGAAUCCUCUGGGUCAAGGGCAGAUGCUAACACUGCCCGUUCCUCUUAGUUCUCUUUCCGGUCCUGUCCUGGAGUUCUAACUGCCGAGCCUUACCUUCAUAGAAGGUCUUCACUGCCAGUGUGGGCAUCUUGGGCAUAUUAAAGGGAUUCCAGACUAGAUAUGAGUUGAGCACCCUGCCCUUCUUCCUAUCACCCCAGCUUCUGCCGAUAAUCCAUGCUACAUUAAGGGACUGUACAGAGAACACUCAGCCAAGUCACGAUCCAGUUCAUCACGAAGAGAGAGAGACCUUUCCACUCUAUGAAGGGUACCGGCUUCCGGUUUCCAGCAACAAGAUAACAAGUGAAAAUUUGCACACUGACUUUUCAUUUACCAUAAAAGCUACUAGCACCUUUAUGUACAGAACUAAUGUAACUCUGUGUGUGUGUGUGUGCUGUAUGCAUAUAAAAAUGACUGCACAGGCUACUUUGCUGAUGUGUGCUGUCUGCAUGUAGAAAUAUUAGCAUAGGCUACCUUACUGAUGUGCCCAUGUCACUGGUCUCCCUUUUAUCCAAAAUCGGAGAGUAGAAUAACCUGAUCUUUGAGGCCUCUUCCAAUAUUAGUCUUUUCUAAGGUACUUUUUAGUAGGUCGUAAUUUAGUAUACACUAACCCACUCAUCUCUGAAGAUUGAUUUUGCUUAUAAAUUGCUUUUUUUUAAAUUGGCCACAUAGCAUUAAUACCUCAACAGGGUCACUGUUGUUCACAUUUAGGAUAAAAAUUGAUGCCCUUCUUCAGCUGAGGUUGUUAUGGGGGUCAGGAAUCAAUCACAGAGUAUUUUUUUUUAACCUGAUAUUUUCAUUCCUAUUUGAGUGAUGGCCAUCUUUUCAAGGUGCUGGGCGUGGAUCCCCAGGCCUUAUGUGCUUGGCAAGUGCUUUACCCUCAAGCUACACCUGAAGCUCCAUUCCUGGUCUCCUCUGCACCAAUUGAGGGUGUGAGUUAUAUUUUGACUUCAUCUACCUCUGAGAAAGAGGAAAAUGUAAUUAUUCACAGAGUCUCUCAAAAUGGCAUUUCUCUUCCCAAACUAUGAGCCAAAUUCUGCAGAAAUCAUGGAAAGUAAAUGGUGGUGGAUGUCUGAAGAGGCCUCACAGAUGCAAAGAAAAUAUAAGGGACAAAGGGGCCACCCACAGCAUCUGAUGACAUACUUGAGUUUUCUUGUUCUUUGGGGUUUUAUUCUUACAGAUAUGUUACGCUCUACUGCCCGAUCUCUUCAGUCCAAGACAGUUUGGCUUCGCUUCCCUGUGCUAUGAAAAGGUCACACUUUGGAAUACUGAAGGAAAGCCCUGAGGUGCUGUGAUGUGUAGCAAACACCUCUUGGUGUUUUCGUGUUCAUUUAUGAGGACUCAGACUUACAGAAUAAUGCCGAAUGGAAUGUUUUGUGCAUGACCUUUUAACCUUUGACUUUCGCCAAUUCCCCACUGCAACAGGGGGAAGGCAGAUUUUAUGAAGAGUUUUAGGAAUAAAUACCUUUUAUAGAAUGAAAACCCAGUAUGGUACUGGGGAAGUUUAUUUAUGCUUGCAAUCUUGUUUGGAAAUAAAACGGGUCCACCUGGAA